AUGGCGAGCAAGGCUGUGAUGAAAUUUUCGCCAGCGACUAGAGCUCUUCUAGUUCAACUAGCUCAAGUGAGAACUGCUCAAACUGCAGCAGCUCCAGCAACACAAAAGCAAACAAAUUUAAAGAAAUUUGAGAUCUACAGAUGGAACCCGGAGAAACCUGGAGACAAGCCCAAGAUACAGACUUACAGUGUCGACCUUAAUGAGUGUGGCCCAAUGGUCUUGGAUGGGCUCAUCAAGAUUAAAAAUGAGAUUGACCAAACAUUGACGUUUAGAAGGUCAUGCCGCGAGGGCAUCUGUGGCUCUUGUGCCAUGAACAUCGAUGGGACAAACACUCUGGCUUGUUUGUACAAAAUCAAUGACAGCCCAAGCAAGCCUGUGAAGAUCUAUCCACUUCCCCACAUGUAUGUUGUCAAGGAUCUGGUCCCUGACAUGAACAACUUUUACGCCCAGUACAAGUCCAUCGAGCCGUACCUGAAGAAGAAAGAUGUCAAAGAUUCAGAUAUUGGCAAAACGUCUUAUCUGCAGUCAGUGGAGGACAGAGCCAAACUGGAUGGCCUGUACGAGUGUAUCCUGUGUGCCUGUUGCAGCACCUCCUGCCCCAGCUACUGGUGGAACUCUGACAAAUAUCUUGGCCCAGCUGUACUCAUGCAAGCGUAUAGGUGGAUGAUAGACUCCAGGGAUGACUUCACGGAGGAGCGCCUGGCGAUGAUGGAGGAUGGCUACUCUGUGUACAGGUGCCAUACAAUCAUGAACUGUACCAAGACCUGUCCUAAAGGUCUGAACCCUGGCCGAGCCAUCGGAGAGAUCAAGAAGUUGAUGAUGAGCUACAACAAGGAGAAAGUGGCUCAGAAAUAA